CAAUUCCAAGAAAUGUCUUAUUGAUGUGAGGGCAUUAUUAAAUAAUAGACUUUAAAAAGAUAGUUUGUGAAGAUGGCAAAUAAAGAAUUGAAGAUGUUACAUACAUGUAACAGGAAGAUGAAGGUGGUUUGUGUGCUUGACAGCUGGGGUAAAACCACACCCAAUGUGGAUAGACAAUCUGUAACAGCUACAACAAACCUAGGGGCAAUCGAUUCACCGAGAAGGGCAGCCUUAUGUGUCUUAGAAAAGGUUUCCAAAAGUGUUGAAGCUAGCUUAGAGCAUGUACCCUUUAAGAAGUUAGAUUUUGGUAGUACCUCAGUGUUAGAAGAGUUUUACAAUGCUGAUGUUGUGGUCGUGGAUAUGACAAUACCAGUUCAACAGUCUGCUUUAUUCUAUCAUAUUGGUGUACGACAGAGUAUGGGCAUGAAACACAACAUUGUCCUAUUUUAUGACACGGAUGUGGAACAGUCUUUAUCACUUAAGUUAUCAUGUGGUACAAACGUUGAAUUUCUACCCUAUUUAGUGGACGCCAAUAAUGUACCUGUAGUUGUAGAAAAUUCAACCCUGCCUCAGGAUAUGUGUAUGCACCCAGAAAAAGGAAUGUCCUUAUAUUAUCAACUAAAGAAACGACUGAUAGAAUUACAGAAAGAAAAUAUUGCUCAUCAGAAAGAAAGAUUUUUAAAUGAUUUGAGAAAAGCAAGACAAAGUUAUAAGGGUGAAGAACUUGUCAAGCAUUUAGACGGUAUGAGGAGACGACUUGAUGACCCACAGUUACUGUCUGUUGAUGUUGUGUUUAACAUGCUGCUAUCAUUCAGAGAUAUUCAGGAAUACAAUUCUAUGGUUAAGUUAGUAGAAGAUCUAGAGAACAUACCUAACAAUACAAUCUCAUCAUCUAUUGGAAUACAGUAUCACUAUGCCUUCGCAUUGAAUCGGAGGAAUAAGGAAGGUGACAGACAGAAAGCUCUCAAUGUUGUAACAAAGGCCUUAUCAAAAACUGACAACCAGACGCCAGACAUGUUGUGUCUCUGUGGUAGGAUAUACAAGGACAUGUUUGUGGAGAGUGAUUACACUGACAAGGAGGCAUUAGAUAAUGCUAUUUUAUGGUAUAGAAAAGGAUUUGAGAGACAGCCCCAUGAGUAUGCAGGGAUCAACUUAGCUACUUUGUUAGUUAUAUCAGGGAAAGACUUUUCCACAUGUCAGGAACUUCAAAGAAUAGGUUUGAUAUUGAAUAAUUUGAUUGGUAAGAAAGGAAGCUUGCCAUCAUUAACAGAUUACUGGGACGUGGCGACCUUCUUUGAAAUCUCUGUGUUAGCUCAGGAUUUUGGUAAAGCUGUUCAAGCUGCAGAGUGUAUGUUCAGUUUAGAACCUCCUUACUGGUACUUGAAGUCUACAGUAGGUAAUAUAACCCUGAUCAACAGAUUUAGGAAGACAUCAAGUCAGAUGGGGGAUUAUCAGUUAUUCUGUUUUUGGAUGGAUUUCUUUGUGGAAGCAACAAAAACAGAGACAUCCGCUACAACAUUCCCAGUCCUGGUUUUAGAACCCACAAAGAAUUUUAUGCCUAGUUAUGUACAGAUUAAUUGUGAUGGCGAAAAUAAGGAAGUAAGGCUAUGGAAUGUAGCUCAAAGUACAGAAACUAAACAACAGUCUCAAUGGACAUUCCAAGCUACCAGUAUUAAAGGAGUCAGUUUAUAUAAAAGAGAUUGUCGAGCAGUAUUUAUAUAUGUCAUGGAAAAUUCAGAUGAUUUUCACAUAUUCUUUUCAUCAGAAUCUCAGAGAUUAAGUUUCUAUACCAUGGUAUCAGACAUGAUAUCAGACCAGGCCAAUGCUCAGAUCUUUACAAGUAUGGACGAAGAAGAAGUUGCUGAUUUUGAAUAUGACUUAGAUGAUAAAAAUAACCGAGUAGUCCUUGGAAGAGGUACCUAUGGUAUUGUGUACGCAGCCAGAGACAAGAAAACACAAGUCAGAAUAGCCAUCAAAGAAGUUCCAGAAAAACGUUCACAGGAAGUUCAGCCAUUACAUGAAGAAAUAAAGCUACAGAGUAAAUUGACCCAUAAAAACAUUGUCAAAUAUCUAGGAUCUACCAGUGAGGAUGGAGUGUUCAAAAUAUUUAUGGAACAAGUUCCUGGAGGAAGUUUAUCACAGUUAUUACAUAGUAAAUGGGGUCCACUGAAGGAUAACGAAUCAACAAUAGCCUACUACACAAAACAGAUACUAGAUGGUCUGAAGUACUUGCAUGAUAAUAAGAUUGUUCAUCGAGACAUCAAGGGAGAUAAUGUGCUCGUCAAUACAUACAGUGGUGUACUGAAGAUCUCAGACUUUGGAACCUCAAAACGUUUGUCUGGUAUAAAUCCAUGUGCUGAUACAUUUGCAGGAACUAUACAGUACAUGGCUCCAGAAGUUAUAGAUAAAGGUGCUAGAGGAUAUGGUCCUUCAGCUGAUAUCUGGUCACUUGGCUGUACAGUAAUUGAGAUGGCAACGGGUAAAAUUCCAUUUAUUGAGCUUGAAAGUCCAGAGGCAGCUAUGUUUAAAGUAGGAUUUUAUAAAAUGCAUCCAGAAAUUCCAGAAACCAUGUCAGCUAAUGCCAAAGAUUUUCUUCUUAGGUGUUUCCAGCCAGAACCUGCACAAAGAGAUACUGCAGCAGAAUUACUUAAACAUCCAUUUAUUAUAGAAACACUGAGUCCCAGAAAGAAGAAGAAACGAGUGAGUGAUGUGGAGUAUUUAAGAAGUAUAUCAAUUGACCUACCUGUCAGUAACUUGCCAGCAGCAGAAAAGAAGAAACAAAAGCCAAAGUUAGAGUUACAUGUACCAAGAAAAAAAAGUCGAGACACAAAGAUGUCGUGUAGUAUGGAGAAUUUAGACGACCCAGAUAAUAAUCCAGAAUUCUUUGAAGAUGAAAGUGAAUCACCUACCAGUACGGAACCUAAAUAUCAUCGUUCUCGUAGCCUCCACUCUGGUUUGUUAAAUAUAACUGAUGCAGAUCUCGACAGGAAUCUUGGCUUUGGUUUUCGUCGUCGGUCGGGUUCAGACAGCCGGUUUUUGUACAUGGCACGGUCACCUUCCCCCACUUCACGACCAUGUUCCCCUAGUACACUAGAUGUUUACUACAGUUCUGAGCCAGGAUUAGCACUCACUUCCAGUUAUUCCAAUCUAUCCCCUGAUGUCAGUGAAGGGGAUCACAGUUCUGUAGAUAGUUCUGGGAGAGAUGGUGGAUUCUAUCUCCUACGGAAAGAUUCAGAAAGACGUACUACAUUGGUCCAUAUUUUGUCUCAAGAUAUUAAUCAGAUAUGUGAUAUGUGGUUACAGAUGUUACACAAAGAUGCUACGAUAUCUAAUCCUAAACUGACUGUGGAGCAUUUAAAACAGUUAGCUAGCAGUCUAAGGAAUUAUAUACAAGACAACAGCACAAAUUCAAUUAAAGACACUAUAGCUAGAUUACGGACAGGUUUUGAAUAUGAUCCUACAGCAAUGACAGAGCUUCAGCUGGCCUUGUAUGUCUUUCAGGAAGCUGUCAGUAUGAACCUAAAAACACACUCAAUACAGCCUCAUUGGAUGUUUGCUAUUGAUAAUCUGCUCAGGGCUGCUGUGCAAGAAGCUAUAAUGAUCCUAUCACCAGAGCUUGGUGCCAAUUUGGCUGGUAUGAAAGAAGAUGAACAAGAAUCAGGUGUUCCCUCAACUAAUUCCAUUAAGUCUAUACAGCAUGCUUACAGAAAUUCUGCGUCUGCUGAAUUACAUACUCAGAUUGAUAACUUAGAGGAGGAUAACAUGAGGUUGUUACAGCAGUUAGUCCAAAUAAAUCAGUCCUAUGGGAACUUAUUAAAGAGGUCUUUAGAUGAUAAAAAGGUCCAGAUGGAAUUAUUACAGUCCUUUAUAGCCACAUCUGCUGUCUCACCGGGGUCUCCUAUCAAAAAUAGAGUACCAGAUAUCCAUGAACCACCUGAUGAAGAACUAGCUGCCUGGUUAAAGGAAAGACAAUUUGAUCAGGAAACAAUAGAUGUGAUUUCCAGAGAACAGUAUUUAUUAGAAGAUCUCCUUGAAUUAGUCAGAUUGGAAGAUUUAAGUAAAUUACAACUAAGAAGUGGUAUUAUAUAUCGGUUAUGGCGUGCCAUAUUAAAUCACAGAGAUAAACAACCGAAGAGGUAGUACAAUUGUGCUGUUCACAACUAACCGUACAGUGCCUUUAUCAAGUCCAGAAUGCUACAGGGUUGUGUUCAGUCAGUCAAUCAAAAAGACAUACAAGUGCUUGCUAAGAAGUGCUGCUACAGCAAUUCAUCGUUUCGGAGUCUAAUGCAUUCUGGGUUAUAUUUUCAAAAGAGUGUAAAAAACGUUGUGAUUGGUUGAAAACAUCCUAAACAAUUGAAUUUCAACCAAUGGUGUGACAUUAUUUUCAUUUUGGGGUACAAACAAUGGAAUUACUCAGAAUCCUUUAGUUUUACCCAGAAUCCUUCAGAUUCUGAACAGUGAAUUGACAGUGGCUAUCCUAUUACAUCAUUCCAUGUGCUAAUUGUAGUGUUACUAUUGUUAAUUUUUCUGAACUAUGAAAAGCUGCACACAGAUGUAAAUAUUUGUUAAUGUUAAUUUAUAACAUGGAUGCCUUUUGAAAGAUUGUCAUGCACAGACAUUAAAGGGAAUCUCACCCUGCAUAGAUAUAAAGAUAUCAGGAGAUACCUUAUCAGAACCAUAAUCAGAAUGGCAGAAAAUCAAUAACAAUUUGUGAAGAAGGAACAGUUACCGAUAUAGUUUCUGCUCAAAUGUGAUUUCUCAGUGACAAAAAAUCCUAAAACCUUUUAAAUCCUCAAAAACUUUUUUAAUGAAAAUGUUAUUUUAAAUAAUCUAAUGUUUUCUAAAGUCAUGAGGUUUUCUAAAAAUAAAACAUCUAGAUCUUUUUCAAUAACCCUAUAGGUAUACAGAAACCUAAUGAUGAAGGUUAAUUUAGAUAAAACUUUACUCAAUUUCCUAAUAAAUUUA